AUGUUUGAACUCAUUAAAGUUGUUGGACAAUGCAAAAUGUACACCUGAACUAGUCUCGAAAAACAACUCCUCUAUAUAUGAUGAGGUAGGAUAACAAUUCCACACCUUCUCACUCUCAAAUCCCACAGUUAUGCUCUGCCCUUCUCAUUCCUCAAAACCCAUACAUAAAAUUUGAACAAAAUAUAUUACUAAUUGGAAUACUUUAUUAGGAAUUGACGGGAUGUUUAAUUGAAAUCAAUCUUAGUUUAUUUAAAUAUGCUGCUUAUGUACUAGGCCAUCUUCACAUUCCUCAUUAAUCUAAAACGGUUUAGCCAGUAAAAUGGCUUUAAACCAACUUUUUCCACACAAAAAUCCAUACACUCCGUUGCCGGCGCCGUUUUCGUCUCACCGGAAAAAUGCCUCAACAGAAAUUACUACUUCAACGAGCAAUUCAGUACUUGAACAUCCAAUGUUGCUGUCGAAGAGCGUUGCCAAAUGCAAGUUUUUGGAUUUCCCUAAAAUCUCCAGUAGGAAGUUGAGUCGAUCAGUUAGUACUACUGUAAAAUGUCAAUUGAAUUUUCCUAUCAUUUCUCCGCAAGAUCAAUGGGGUACCUGGACUGCUCUCUUCGCUACUGGCGCUUUUGGCAUUUGGUCGGAGAAGACCAAGGUUGGGGGUGCACUAAGUGGUGCACUAGUAAGUACACUGGUUGGUCUAGCAGCAAGUAAUUUGGGCAUUAUAGCUAGUGAAGCGCCAGCAUAUAAAAUUGUGACAGGAUUCUUGCUUCCACUUGCUGUUCCCUUGCUGUUGUUUAGAGCCGAUAUGCGUCGAGUAUUAAAGUCUACUGGAACACUGCUCUUGGCUUUUUUUCUUGGAUCAGUUGCAACCACUAUUGGGACUGUGGUGGCUUUUUGGAUGGUUCCGAUGCGAUCACUUGGUCAAGAUGGCUGGAAGAUAGCUGCUGCUCUAAUGGGAAGACACAUAGGUGGAGCUGUCAAUUAUGUGGCUAUUUCUGAAGCUCUGGGGACAUCACCAUCAGUUGUUACUGCUGGAUUGGCCGCUGAUAAUCUUAUUUGUGCAGUAUAUUUUACAACAUUGUUUGCAUUGGCUUCUAAAAUACCUGCCGAGGCUACUCAAUCAGCCACUGAAGACAAGAUUGAUGGGGAAUCUGAAUAUGGUAACAAGCUACCUGUACUGCAGACCGCUACUGCUCUUGCUGUAUCCUUUGCUAUAUGCAAAGCUGGAGAACUUUUGAGUAAGCAUUUUGGUAUUCAAGGAGGUAUCCUUCCCAUUGUUACAGCUAUUGUUGUCAUUCUAGCAACUUCAUUUCCCAGGCAAUUUGCCUACCUUGCGCCGUCUGGUGAGGCUGUGGCACUGAUUCUGAUGCAGGUAUUUUUUGCAUUCAUUGGUUCCAGUGGGAGCAUAUCAAACGUUCUCAAUACAGCACCCAGUAUAUUUCUGUUUGCUGUAAUCCAGAUUGCGGUUCAUCUGGCCGUGAUACUUGGAAUUGGGAAACUGCUCCGAUUUGAACUGAAACAAUUGCUCAUAGCAUCAAACGCAAAUGUAGGAGGCCCAACUACAGCUUGUGGAAUGGCCACUGCCAAAGGGUGGAUUUCUAUGGUUGUUCCGGGCAUUCUUGCUGGUAUUUUUGGUAUUGCAAUUGCAACUUUUCUCGGUAUUGCUUUUGGGCAGGCCGUCCUCAAAUUCAUGUAAAUGUUGAUAGUAGACUUACUGAAAUGUAUCAAGAACAGAAUUAUCUUGCUGCAGACGUAAUGACUUGCAUGUGAACAUCCUUAGGGUCGUUUGGUUGGUGCGGUAAGGAUCGGAGAUGUACUCUCCACAUAAAAUCCAACAUUAUUGAUACAAUGUAUGGUACUUUCUUUGUUACUUGUAUUAUCUUCAUAAAUAAUAGUUGCAUAAGUUAUGCAGGAUUCGGUAUUCUAAUUUGUAACAUAUCAAACUAAGCAUUCAAUAAGAAAUGGUUCUUGUAUUCUAA